AUGUCCGACUCGGUUCUUCAAAUCCUUUUCCUUCUGGUUUCCCUCCUGGCACAAGCAUCAAGAGCUGCACCUAAACUUGCAAGGCCCAACUGUGCUGAAAGAUGCGGGAACGUCAGCAUUCCCUUCCCCUUCGGAAUAGGAGCCGCGUGUUUCCAAGAUGACUGGUACGAGAUCGUCUGCCAGCAAAACAACACGCUUCCCAUUCUAAACAAGAUUAGGUUGCGCGUCCUUGACAUUUCACUCCCAGAUUACAGUGCAUCCACGAAUGGCAUGAUUAGUGUCAGUGUUCCAGCAAUUUACUCAAAUUCAAGCUGCGGGGGCGACAGAGUUGGUGGGCCGGUGAGCCUCGAAGGAAGUCAGUUUGUCUUCUCCCAGACAUGGAACGUCUUUGCGUCAGUUGGUUGCAACACCCUGGCAAUCUUGAAUAGUACAGGAUCAGAAGUUGUCAGUUGCAGGCCGAAAUGUGCUGGAACCAACAUUAGCCAGUUUAGUGCUUGUUCCGGGAGGAACGGAUGCUGCCAGACUUCGCUCCCGUUUGACCUGCAGGGCUUUAAUGUGGAUUUCAAAGAGGAAGGCGGACAUCAGGGGUGCCAGUACGCUUUCCUGGCAAAUAGAUCAUGGUUCUUGAGGUCUGACUCUAUAGAUUUAUAUGAUUUGAGACUGAAUAAUCCUUUUCCAGUGGUGUUGGAAUGGGGAAUUGCAAACAAUACCAACUAUGCGCUUGACCUCAACAGCACGUAUGGGGGUGAUAUUGAAAUGCCAUUCAUGCAGUGCUAUUGCGAUCGGGGGUAUGGCGGCAACCCCUAUCUUAUUGGAGGAUGCCAAGAUAUUAAUGAAUGUGAAGAUCUGAGAAUAUGCCCCGGGACUUGUGUGAACAAACCAGGCGACUAUGACUGCGUCCAAGGUAGAAAGACUGUUAAAUUCAUUCUUAUCGGAGUUGGGGCAGGCCUUGGGGCUCUACUUUUGUGUCUUUUCCUAUGGAGGUUGUACAAAUACAUCAAGAAGAGAAAACAAAUCAACCUCAAAGAGAAGCACUUCAAACGCAAUGGUGGUCUUUUAUUGCAAAGGGAGCUAUCUUCGCCAGAAGGCAAUGUCGAGAAAAGCAAAUUGUUCAAUUCCAAGGAUUUAGGGAAGGCCACUGACAAUUUCAACGAGGAUAGGAUACUCGGGCAAGGUGGACAAGGUACUGUUUACAAGGGAAUGUUAACAGAUGGAAAAAUAGUUGCGAUUAAGAAAUCGAAAGUGAUAGACGAGGGAAAAGUCGAACAGUUCAUAAAUGAAGUCCUCAUUCUCUCACAAAUCAACCAUAGGAAUGUGGUUAAGUUAUUGGGGUGUUGCUUGGAGACAGAAGUCCCGCUUCUAGUAUAUGAGUUUAUACCAAAUGGAACUCUAUAUCAAUAUCUGCACGACCCAAAUGAAGAGGUUCCUAUAUCGUGGGACACCCGCCUACGAAUUGCAAUGGAAAUCGCAGGAGCCUUAUUCUACUUGCAUUCAGCAGCCUCUAUUCCCAUCUAUCAUCGAGAUAUCAAGUCCAACAAUAUCCUCUUGGAUGAGAAAUAUCGAGCAAAAGUGGCAGAUUUCGGUACAUCCAAGUCGGUUUCCCUCGAUCAAACUCAUGUAACUACGGUGGUGCAAGGGACUGCCGGCUACGUAGAUCCGGAGUAUUUCCAAUCAAGUCAAUAUACAGACAAAAGUGAUGUGUACAGCUUCGGAGUUGUCCUCGUUGAACUCCUAACGGGACAAAAGCCAAUCUCGUCAGUGAGGGAACGAGAAGGAAAAAGCCUUGCAACGUAUUUCAUAAAUUCAAUGGAGGAGAAUUGCUUGUUCGACAUUGUUGAUGCUCAAGUUUUGAAAGAAGGUAAGAAGGAAGAGAUUGCAUCAGUCGCUAAUCUUGCGAAAAGGUGCUUGAACUUGAAUGGAAGGAACAGGCCACCAAUGAAAGAAGUAGCAAUGGAGUUGGAGGGAAUAAGGAAGCUCCAACAUGCUUCGGGUGUUCAGCUAAAUCAAGAGGACCGUGAGGCAACUCAAUCUUAUGCUGCUGUUUUGAAACCUAGCACGUCACUCCACGCGGAUGUCAUUGCAUUUUCAGAUGCACAGCCAUUCUUACCUAUUGCGACAUGGUGA